AUGUCCAACACCACAACCACAACCACCUCCCCCAUAAACCCUCCUACCACCACCAAUACUAAUAAUAACAACAACCCGCACAACAUCCCCCCCUACACCCCCAUGACCUCCCUCUCCCACGAACUCGGCAUCCUCUUCGGCUUUCUCGCCGCCUGUUUCGUCGUAAUGGGCGUGUAUGUAUUCUUCUGGAGAGCCGCCGAAUUCCGCGAAGAACGCGCACAAACUCUCCGCCGCCAGAUGCUUCUCACGCGGGGGAUUCAUCACGGACGGGGUGGGAUUGGGGAGAAGUUCAUCACUCAUCAUCAUGGGCAUGGACAUGUGCACGAUGGGAGGUGUUUGGAUGGUACUAGUGCAGGGCUGCAUCAGAGGAACAUCACGCCGGAGAAUUCUGCAUCUGCUGGGAGUGGGACUAUGUAUAAGGAGAAUGAGAUCGGGGUGGCGUUGACGACGGGGAUGGAUGUGGGUAUUGUUGCGUCGCCGAGUUUGGGGCCGAUGACUCCGACUUCUACGACUGGGAGGGAGAUUCCGGUGGGUGGGUUGAAUGUGGGGAUGGGGAGUAGGAUGAAUGUGAAUCAGGGUACUGCUACUGGUGCUGGUGUUGGUGGUGUUGGUAGGGAUGAGGUGGAGUAUGGGGUUGAGAUGGAUGUAUUGGGGUUUUUGCAGAGGGGACGGUGA